UGGCAUCAACCCAAGCCCACGGUGGUGGUGGCUGGCUGGUGUGGGUUGGGGGUAAAGGGCAGAGUGACAGGACUUGGUGAUAAGCUGCCGGGGUGGGGGGCUCGCCCUCCCUGCAGCCCUGGAGACCACAUGAGCCAGGGCUUCCCCUUCUCCCUUUGGUUUCAGGUGAUAAGGAGACUUCCUGCGGUGGGGACUUAGUGAGGCAGAGGCACCAUACCCCAGGAGGCUGCAGAGGGAGGACCAUGGCCCGAGCACUGUGCCUCCUGCAUGCGCUCUGGCUCCUGGGACAUGUUGCUGCCCCGGCAGCCUGGGCCUUGAACCUGGAUGCAGCACGGAUCACCGUCUACACAGGCCCCAACGGCAGCCACUUUGGGUUCUCGGUGGACUUCCACAAAGACAGCCACAUGGGUGUGGCCGUCGUGGUGGGUGCCCCCAGGGCUAGGGGCCCGGAUCAGGAGGAAACGGGCGCCGUAUUCCUGUGCCCCUGGAGCGCGGCAGGCGGCUCGUGUUCCUCGCUGCUCUUCGAUCUCCGUGAGUCCCGGCGCGGGGCGCGGCGCGGGGACCGGGUCGGGGUACGGGCC